AUGGCGAAGAGGAAAAAGAUGAGUUGUAAGCCAGUCAUUCAUGAUGAAGAUCCAGUCAAGAUAUUACCUCAGGUGGCCCACGAGGCGGAGGUUUGUGAGCCUGAGGUUAUUGCGGUUUCUGAGAUAGCGCACGAUAGGUUGAAGGUUUCUGAAGCUCCAGGGUUUGGGACUUCGCAGGACGACAAUUUGCAUCAGAGGGAUCAGAGAGAUCAGGAAAUCGGAGUGGAGGAUGUUGAUUCUGAACCAGAUGUUAGAUCGAAGUAUUAUGUGAAUGGGAUAGAUGAUAAUGAUAAAGGCGGAGACGAUGAUUUUCAGUCUGAAUCUCAACAUCAUUGGCAACAAUUCAGGUCUAGUAAGCUUUCCUUCUCUGAACCGAAAUUGGAAUUCACUGAACCUAUUUUCAGGAAUGGACAGAAGUUGGCACAAGUUGACAUAGAAGAGGUUAAGAUUCAUUCUGCUAACUGGUCUGCUGCUGUCAUUUGCAUGGUGAUGGGAGCGAAUCCUCCAAUGGCAGUAUUUGAGGGCUUCAUAAAGAGAGUUUGGGGCCAUCUAGGGAUUGCCCAAAUUUCUAGAAUGACUAUGGGGUUAACGUUGGUGAAAUUUAAUGAUGAAGCGACUAGAGAUCAUGUCUUAGAGAAUGGAAUCUUGCAAUUUGACAGGAAACCUGUCAUUAUUAGACCUUGGACAACAGAUUUGAGUACUAUUAGACUGAUUCGGUCGGUGCCACUUUGGGUCCGUCUUCAUGACCUGGGAUUGCAGUAUUGGGGAAGCAAGUGUCUUAGCGCGUUGGUGAGCACAAUUGGCAAACCAUUGCUAGUUGAUAAAUUCACAAGGGAACGAUCUCGAGUUCAGUUUGCGAGGGUCUUAGUGGAGAUGGAAAUAACAGAUGACCCUCCCCGAAGUUUACAGUUCGUCAAUGAAUAUGGUCAGAUUAUUGAGCAGGGGAUAGAGUAUGAAUGGUUGCCUACCAAGUGCAAGACUUGUUCUGGAGUGAGGUCUAAGGCAGAAUCUACUAUAGAACAGGGAACCACAUUAGAGAUUAAGAAUGCAGAGGAACCAGUUCAGGAAGUGGGUAAUAGGGAAGGUGUGGAUAUCUCAGUCAUUGGUCCUAAUGAGGUUUCUAGUCAAGAGGAGGCUAACGUGGAUCAAUCUAAGGAAAGGGUAAUGGAUGAUGUCUGGCACACCCCUAAGUGUACUGCGUCCCUAAGCAAGCAAGGACAGGGUGUUACUGGUUUUUCUAAACAGGCUACGGAACAACAUCACAGGAACAAUCAAUAUGGUGUGCUUCAAGAACAGAAGUUAGUUCAAGAAAUAGUUAGAAGUAGUAAGAUUGGGAUUGGUGGUUUAUUGGAAACAAAAUUACGAGGGAAUAAAGUUAGGGAGUUUAUGGAUACUAGAUUUCCUAAUUGGGAGUUCUACUCCAGUCCGAUAAUAGAAGGGCGUUUAUUAAUUCUGUGGAGAAAGGGGAUAGCUAGAUUGACUGUGUUGGAAGAUUCUCCUCAGCUUGUUCAUUGUCAUGUUCAGUUGGUAGGCGACAGGAGAUGUUUCAGGGUUACUUUUAUUUACGGUUACAACACUGUAGAGAAGAGAAGAAGCCUUUGGACGGAUCUAACUCGUAUCUCGCUUUCAGCUAAGGCUUGGAUUUUGUUGGGAGACUUUAAUUCUCCCUUUUCUGGUGGAGAUAGAUCGGGGGGUAAUGCAAUUGCUGGUAAUGAGCUGGCCGAUGCUAUUGAUUGGAAAGUGAAGGCUAAUGUUCAAAGUCUCAAAGCUACAGGGUCUUUUUUCACCUGGACAAAUAAUCAAGAAGGAACAGCCUGGAUUUUUUCAAAAAUAGAUCAUGUUUUCAUUACUAAGGAGUGGUUAGACUUUUUCCCUCAGACCUUGGCUACGUUUAGUUGGGAGGUUGUUUUGGAUCACUGCUCUUGUAUUGUGUCGAAUAUUCCAGUGGUGACUAUGGGAACUAAGCUGUUUAAGUACUAUUAUUUCUGGGCUAACCAUACUGAUUUCAAGCAGGUAGUUUUAAGUAGCUGGGAGGUCCCUGUUCAAGCUACUGGUCUUAGAGCUAUGUUUAUUCAACUUGUUAGAUUGAAGCACAGGCUUAAGAGGUUCAACGGGGAGUGUAUUGGUGAUGUGGGGUAUUGCUACCAACUAGCUUCGAAGGAAUUCCAAGAUGCCCAAUUUCAGGCCCAAGCUAAUCCUCUUGAUAUCAGCUUACAGGAGGUGGUUAAGAGGAAGGCCUCUGAGUUCCAUGUCCAAGAAAAAAUGUAUCAUAGUUUUCUUGCUCAGCGGAGUAAGAUCAGCUGGAUAAGGCAGGGGGAUAUGAACUCUUCGUUUUUCCAUGCUUUCCUUAAGAAGCGUAAGACUGAAAAUACUAUCGUUUCUUACAUAAAUGUUCUCAUUGAUGAUUUUCGGUUGGUUGUUGACCAUUUUGUAGAGCACUUUAAAAAUCAUUUAGGCUCCUCCAGAUCGGCCUCUGGUGUAGUGGAUCUGUACUGUGUUGAUUUGGGUCCAAAAUUGUCUAUUGAUCAACAGCUGUCUCUUAUGUCUCCUUUCUCUAACAAGGAAAUAAAAAAGGCUUUUUCAGAAAUUGGUCAUGACAUAUGCUCAGCUGUCAAUCAUGGAUUUACUACAGGAAAGUUACCUAAGGAUCUUCAUGACACGACUAUCUGUCUGAUUCCUAAGGUUUCUAAUCCGGCUAAGGCGUCUGACUUCAGGCCCAUUGCUUGUUGUUCGACUAUCUAUAAGGUCAUGGCCAAAUUUCUUAGUUCUCGGUUGGCCUUGGUGCUCCCUUCUCUUAUUCAGUCUAACCAAGGAGCUAUUGUUCGUGGUAGGACCAUUGCUCAUAAUAUCAUGAUUCUUCAAGAUCUUAUUAAGAAUUAUGGUAGAGCGAAUACUUCUCCCCGUUGUGCUAUAAAGAUAGACAUAAGCAAGGCAUACGACAUCGUUGAUUGGUUAUUUUUGGAAAAUCUUUUGAAGGCGGGCAGUUUCAAGGGGAAAAGAGGAUUACGUCAAGGGGAUCCUAUGUCUCCGCUCUUAUUUGUGAUCAUUAUGGAAUACUUGACUAGAAGCAUUCAGUGGGCUUCCAGAUCCCCUCUUUUCCGAUUUCAUCCGAUGUGUAAGAGCAUUAAUUUGAUUAAUUUGUGUUUUGCCGAUGACAUUAUUUUGUUUUGCAAAGGCAAUAUUGGGGCUGUUAAUGUUCUUAAGUGUGCUCUUGGGGUUUUUGGUGAGGCUUCAGGGCUUCAAUUAAACUUUUUGAAGUCUACGAUAUACUUUGGAGGAGUUCCUUUAGAGGAUAAAAAAGGGAUUUGUCAGCUGUUGACUCUUACUGAAGGAUCCUUUCCUCUGCAUUACCUAGGGGUCCCUCUUAGGCCUACGAAGUGGAAGCAUUCGGGCUGUGAGAUCAUUAUUCAAAAAAUAAGAACUAAACUCUUCUCCUGGUCUAGUAAGCACCUUUCUUAUGCAGGUAGGCUGCUUCUCAUCCAAUCUAUUUUAUUUGGUUUGUGUAAUUUCUGGAUGAAUGUGUUCAUUCUUCCUCAGAGCAUUAUCAAGGAGGUCGAUAAACUUUGUAGACAGUUCCUUUGGGGGGCUUCGGGGACUCGCAGUAAGCUUCAUUUUGCUUCUUGGCAGCAAGUGUGUCGUCCUAAGGCUUUUGGAGGCCUCGGUCUUAGAGAAGGGUCCAGUUGGAAUAGAGCUUUGUUGGCUAAGUAUAUCUGGGUAGUCACGAAUAAACGGGAUACUUUAUGGGUCAAAUGGGUGCAACACGUCUAUUUGAAGGGGGCUGAUUUUUGGAGCUAUGUGUUGAAGGUGGACACUAGUUGGUAUUGGCAGAAACUAUGCCAUCUCAGAAAUAAGUUUAGUAAAGUUGAGGUGUUGGCAGCUGGUUUUGCUGGGAAGUUUAAACCAGCCUUACUUUAUAUCAGUGGUUUAAACCAGAAAAUUGCAGAGUAUAAAAAAACUAUUUGGAAUCGAUCUAUUCUUCCUAAGCAUCGAUUUAUGCUUUGGAUGGUGCUCAAUUCUUAUCUGUUAACUAGAGAUAAUCUUGCCAAAGUUAAUAUGCACUUAUCUAGCUUACUGUGUCCGGUUUGUGAUGAUCAUUUGGAGAGCCACCAGCAUCUGUUUUUCGACUGCUGCUUGUCCUUAAAGGUGCUGGAGUUCAUCUUCACCUGGAUUGGUUUCCCUACUUGGUCCCCUUUGUACUCGGCUUGGACAGUCAAUUUACAUGCUGGGUAUAGUAAUAGUUUUAGUCUCACUUUGAACAUGAUUCUAGCUGCUGUGGUUUAUAGUGUUUGGAGAAAUAGGAAUAGGUGCUUACAUGAUGGUUUUUCAUUGACUGCUUAUUGUAUAGCCAAAGAAAUUAUUACACUAGUGAAGUAUAGAUUGUAUAUGGUUCAUACUAGGACAGAUACCCCUCGUUUUAAGCUCUUCUUGCAGAAGCUCCAAUUGUAUGUAAUGUGA